AUGUCUUCCAUCGACAAGACCGACAUUGCUCAUCUCGAGAUCACUUCCGUCGACUCUCAAGCAGGUGCCGCUCAAACCAAUGAACUCACCGCCAAGGCCCAAUAUGCCAGAUUAGGAGCUGCCAUCAAGAAAGACAAGCGCUUCGUCAUCUGGACCUUGUAUGUUAUGCUUCUCGUCUUUGGCUGGGGCUACGAUGCUGGUCUCUCAGGUGUUGCCAUCGCUUUCCCCGAGUUCAGAAAGCAUUACGGAAACUACUUCGCAGACGGCAAACAAUGGGUCAUCCCAGCCCUCUGGCAGUCUCUCUGGAACGCUGCCUCCACCAUCGGCCAAGUCUUUGGAGGGUACGCGGCGGGUCAGUUCGCUGAUAUGACUGGUCGCAAGCCUCUUCUCUAUACCGCAGUGUUCCUGUCCUUGGCCUCGUCGUUUGCCUUGGUCUUUGCGCCCAAUUUGCCCGUUCUAUUCGUCUCCAAGCUUCUUCUAGGCCUGGCGGUCGGUCUUUCUACUGCCAUUCCUCCUCUCUAUGUCACCGAGAACGCUCCUGCCAGUCUGCGCAGUACUGCUUCCUCAUUGACCAACGUAAUUAUUGUUUUCGGAUUUUUCGCCUCUUCCAUGACUGGCUUCGGAGCUUCUAAGAUUCAUGGACCCUGGUCGUACAGACUCGCUUUCUGCAUGACGUUCCUCUUGCCGACCGUUUUCCUCGUCGCCCUUCCUUUCUUCCCCGAGAGUCCUGUCUGGUACAUGAAGAAGGGCCGCGAGGCAGAUGCCCGCAAGGCUAUCAUCAAGCUGUUCGGAGCUGACGCAGACGUCGAGGAACGCGUUGCCAUCAUCAGGACCGAGCUGCAACAGGCUGAGGCUGAGGGUGAAGGUAAAAGCCAAACAAGCUGGAAGGCCAUCUUUUCCAAGGAGAACCGCACCAGAACCUUCGUUUCUGUCCUCGGCCUCCAAUCCCAGAACUUCAGUGGUGGCUAUUUCGCUAACACAUAUCAAACCUACUACUUCGAACUCAUCGGACAAGCUGAUCCUUUCGGCCUUACAGCCAUCUCCUCCACCCUGCAGCUCCUGGCGAACUUCGUCGCCGUCUGUGUUUCUGACAUCGUCCCCAGACGCAAGGGACUUGUUGGCGGUGGUACAGUCCUCAUGUUCUGGUCUGUCAUUAUUGGUGGUACAUCGGUCGCAGGUACAACCAACACUGCUGCCAACACUGCGCUUUUGGUCUUCAUGAUCACCUGGUCCAUGCUCUACACCGGAACUGUCGGCUGCUACGGCUGGGCUGUCGCUCAAGAGACUGCUUCGCAAGCAACCAGACCCAAGACCAUCUCUUUCACUCUGGUCUGUCAGCAACUUACUGCUCUCAUGCUCUCUUCGAUCUUCCCAUACUUCAUCAAUCCCGAUCAGCUCAACUGGGGUGGGAGAGUCAUGUUCUUGUUCGUUGGAGCUGAGCUUUUCAUCAUCACCGCUCUUUGGUUCUUCCAGCCUGAGACCAAGAACAGAACUAAUGCAGAGAUUGAGACACUCUACGCUGCCGGCAUUCCUCCCCGUCAGUUCAAGAACUUUGCUGUCAUUGAUGGUCAGGCGGUCGAGAAGGAGCACAAGGACGGCUUCCUUAGCCGCUUCUCUCGCAAGGCAUGA